AUGUACGGUGGUCUUCAUGGAAAUCAGAACAACUUCCUUACAAGAGAGGCUUGUGAGGAGCGAUGUGGACCUAAUCCAUGUUUCGAGGGCCGACCAUUCGUCGGUGUUGACGGCCGUCCCCAAACCUGCUCCAUCUCUGCGAAUCUGAACACCUGCCCAGCAAAUUAUUGGUGUCAUAUUGGAGCUGAUAUGAGCACUACUGUUUGUUGUCCAGGAGCUUCCAUUAAUGUCUGCAACUUGCCGAUGUCCACUGGUGAAGGGAACUACAACUUGGAACGAUACUACUUUGAUCAGUCAUCAAAAACUUGCCGUCCGUUCAUCUACAACGGUCUCAAAGGAAAUCAAAACAACUUCAUCACUUUGAGGGCUUGUCAGCUUUCUUGCCAACCUCUGGACAAUCCUUGUAUCGGUCAGCCUGCUACCACUGCAGCUGGGCAGGUGCUAUUCUGCUCAUCUACCAACAAAGACGCUUGCCCAGUGAACUUCUGGUGUCAUCUUGGUGCAACACCCGAAACAACAGUAUGCUGCCCUGGAGCGACAAAUCCCUGCUCGGUUCCACUGGCUCCCGGCACAGGGAACGCAGGACUGUCUCGGUGGUACUACAAUCCAGAUGACAGGGUUUGUUGA